GGCCGCAUCUCUGGCUACCGCUACGACAUCAGAUCAGAUUCAGAAUUCUCAGAGGUCGCCUUCCCGCCCACGCCCCCGCCCGCCGCCGCCGCCGACGGGCAUGACGCCGCCCGCCGCCGCCGCCGCCCGCCGGGCGCCGGCGAGCAGUACGAGUCGGCGGAGGCUGCGGCGGCGGCGUACGCGCGCGGC